AUGAAUAGACAUUUACAUUCCCCUACAAUACUGACCGAGUUCGCUCGGACGUUCGAAGAAGAGCAAGAAACUAUAUUUUCGAAACUAGUUAAUAGACUUACCAAUAACACUCGAUCUAGCGAUGAAUCAUCAAAUGCUGUGGGGGUACUUUUUGAAGAACCAGGAGACGAAAAGGAAUUGUCAGAUAUUAAUCAGCGUAAGAAGGCUUCGAACGCUAACCAAUCUAAUGUCACAGUCAGCUCAAGCGCUGCACCUAUCAAAAUUUUAAGUAAUUUUUACAAUGAUGCUGAGCAAACAACUUCUAUGGUGCAAUCGUCUUCGGGAGAGCGAACGACUUCGAGCGUUCUUCGUCGACUAAGCAACUUAAUCUCGCAGAAACCGAAUACAACACGAAGCUACAAAAACACCGAUCUACCAAAAUUCUGGAUGCCUGACUCCACUUCUAUCGAAUGCUAUGAUUGCUCGGUAAAAUUUUCCACGUUCCGUCGCAAACAUCAUUGUCGCCUUUGUGGCCAAAUAUUCUGCACUAAAUGCUGCAAUCAAGUCGUCACAGGAAAGAUCAUAAAUUGCUCGGAUGAUCUACGCGUGUGCAACUACUGCUCCAAGGUAGUCCUUACGUAUCUGAAGUCGUCAGGUAUUGCAGACGAGUUAAAGCCAGACUUGAAGGCUUUACAAGAUGAUCUGGUUCAAAAGUUGUCAACUCUACAACCAUCAGGAGGCAAUGGAGCGGACGCUGGAGGCCCAUCCGCACCGGUCAGUGGACGAAAUAGGAGAAAAAUAUCUGUGGGGUACCAAGAGGAACGCUUUGCAGCUAGUGCGGGGUCUGGUAUAUCAUCGGCCGAUCGUAAAUCUAUUCUUCAACAAUCGAACUCUCUUAAAACGCUGUACGACGAAAUGUGCCGCUCAUUACCGUUGUACAACCGGGGACAUGAUUUGAUUGAUUUUCUCUUCAGCAAGCAAAAAUCGUCUAACAAUAUGCAAGCUGUCGCCAUUCUUAAUGCAAUGAUUGAUGCUGGAUUUUUGAUCGCAAUCAGUGAAAUGAGGACCGAAAAUGUAGGAGAUGUGGAGGCAAAUGUUGUUCUUGGACAAACCGAUCAACAGCAACAGCUAAACCGGGUCGGCAAAAGUGAAUCUACUGAGGAUGAAGAAGAUAGUGCUACAUCAACAAUCGAGUUUAGCGAGAACACCGUGUAUAAGCUAGCCGUACUACAGGACCGCUCGGGAGGUGGUACUGGUUCCAGUGGAGGUGGAGGAGCUUAUCACUUGGAGUUAAAUUUCAAAUCGAGUUCUGUGUUAAUGCGCUCUGGAAACGAUGAUCAGUUAUCCGUUGACAGCGAAGAAGGUGUGGGUAGCGGAAUUGGUGGAAACACUACAUUGAGCAGUAUAAAUCUAAAAGAUUCCGUAAUGGAUAGUUCGUAUCUGAUAUCGACUGGUGCUAAAGCUCUACUUAAAGUUUUUUGCGAACACGAAGAACUGCUUGUAAAUCAACUGCUGCGUGCGCAGAAUCUCGAUCCUUCAUGGAGCAAAACCCUAAUUCCGAUAGUAGCACGUGUUGCCAAUACUAUGCGUCUGGAUGCUGCUUACGGGACAGAUGCGAUGGACAUACGGAACUAUGUUUACUUUAAGAAAGUACCAGGCGGUGAACGAAACGAAUCGCAAAUAUUAGGAGGAGUCGUUUUUUCAAAGAAUGUUGCCCAUAAAGAAAUGUCGCAAAAGGUUGAUAAACCAAGAAUAUUACUUUUACAGUGUGCGAUUGCAUAUCAACGUGUGGAGGGAAAAUUUGUUAGCUUCGACACACUUAUGCUACAAGAACGGGACUACCUGCGUAACAAGGUAUCAAAAAUCAUCAGUCUUGGGCCGAAUAUUGUAUUGGUUCACAAAAAUGUAGCUGGUAUUGCCCAGGAUAUGUUGCGGAAUAGUGGGAUAACAUUAGUAUUGGAUGUGAAAUUAUGCGUGUUAGAAAGGAUUGCUCGGUUCCUCGAUUGCGAUAUUAUCAGUUGCAUUGACUCGAACGUUGGACAACCGAAGCUGGGUAUAUGCGAUCGAUUUAGGAUACAAACAUUCUACGAUGAUCAAGGUUCUUCCAAAACAUUAAUGUGCCUAGAAAAGCAACACAGUCCAAGAGGUUGCUGCGUUCUUUUGCGUGGAGCAAAGCGAAGUGAGUUGGCUAAAAUAAAAAAGAUCGCCUCGCUCCUGCUUUUGGCUCGUCACAAUUGGCGCUUUGAAUUAUCGUACUUGUGCGAUGUGUAUGCUAUGCCCCCGACGCCACGAGCAAGUAUAUUCGAUUCGAAAGAAUCCAGUCCAUCAGAUCCUCCUCCGGCUACCCAGAACUUCACUGCGGUUUCAGGCGAGCAUGCUGCAAAGAUAGUUCGCACAGUGGCAGGAACUGCAACCAAUCGAGAAAAUGUGGGAGAUUGGACCGAUCCUCUGCGUUCUGGAGCGUUAGGACCUUCAGAAGACGGAACUGGAGAGAAUGUCGACGAAGAUGAUACUUCUUUUGAGCUGGCAGCAGAAACUCCGAACGAUAAUCGAUUCCGAUCUGCGUUAAGCUCCACAAUAUUAUCAAUUAGUCCAUUUGUGGGUUUUCCAUUACCCUUCCUCGAAACAGAUAGCGGGCGUAAAUGUGCUCUUCGGCAACAUUUUCCUGAGGAGCUUUAUUAUUCCAAACAAUGGAGUGUUACCGGGACGGGGGGUUUGAGUGGAGAUAGAUUUUCGGCAACACAAGGAGAAAGCAGCGUUGGAGUGGGAGUAGGUACAGGAGUUAAAGAAGACGAAGAAAAGCAACUGUUACCAGUGCACCCAUUUGUGAUGCACAAAAUCACUACUUCGGUGGACAGCAAAGAAAUGCAAACGAUCCUGGCCAGUUUUCGUGCCUGUGGAGGUCGCUAUCCUAAAAUUGCCAUGAUGAAAAAAGCAUCUUCCCGCAAAAGACGUCUUACUACUAUAGCUCAACGAUCUCUCGAGGAGCUAGUUUAUCGUGAUGCGUUGGACAUCGAAAACCAUCAACGAUUGCCAGUACUUUUCUGUAGCUUCAACUACAAUGAAAAUGUUCCUUCUACAUUCUGUGCGCAACCUUCUUACUUGGAUAUGCAAUUCUACGGACAAAACGACAUAAUGUUGGGUCUGUUCCUCGAGCACUACUGCUUUCGCAGUUCGUACAUAUGCAAAUCGUGUAAUUUACCAAUGAUGGAUCAUGUACGCCGGUACGUCCAUUCAGGUGGCUGCAUUCAAGUGAAACUGGCAGAGGAUUUGACAAAAAUGGAUACAGGCACAAUAUUGAUAUCCUCCAAAUGUACUAUUUGCAAUGAAUAUUCCAAACCAGCGCCUAUGUCGCACGACACAUGGUGUUAUUCGUUUGCUAAAUUUCUCGAGCUACGUUUCCAUGGACAUGCCUACAAGAAACGGAAUUGUGAAGGAAUAAUGUCUGAAGGCGACGGCGAUGGAGAAGAAAUGGUAUGCCGGCAUUCGUUACAUCGCGAUUUUGAACAGAACUUUUCUUACAAAGGUAUCGUGGCAAGCUUUCGAUACACAGCAAUUGAAGUGUGGGAAAUUGUUCUACCGGCGAUGUCAAUAUCACUCGUGAUGCCUACGGUUGCAGGAAAUCAGCGUAAUAUUACGGACCAGCGUACGGAUGAAAUGAAAACUCUUGCUAUCAUGGGCUACGACGUGUUUGUAAAAAUCUUGGAGAAACUGGCGGAACUCUCAGCGGAUACAGAUACAUUCGCGAAGUUGAAGAAGAAAGCUAACCAGGAUCAAGUUUCAUUCAAACAACGGAUCGAGAAAGUCCAGAAGUUGCUGACUGAAGACGUACUUUCGGUGGAAAUGAUUGAUGAUGCGAUAGUGACGCUGAAACAUACGUUAGCGGAAGCAAUUGAGGAAUGGGAACCGAAACUUCACGAAAUCAUUUCUCAGACAAAAAGCGCUCAAGUACCCAAGACGACGCCAGUGGCGGACACUGGCAAUAACAGCGGCUUGGCAGCUAUCGACAAUGGUACAAUUGUGACGGAAGAUUUAGACCUUUCAAGAUCCACCGAUCAUCAACAGGGAUUGGAUGCAAUUACUACCGAUGGAGAUUCAGUACCGUUGGAAAAUUCUUUGCUUGGUGCCGGAGAUAAACUUGAACAGGAAUUGAUAGCUGAUGCAGAAGAGGAUAGAGUGACUCACAACGUUGGUGAGGAGAAACAGCCUGUGCGAGAUAGUGUAAAUGAGAAGAAAACAGUGAAGACGCUUUUGAGCCAACUGCUUUCGACGAACGAUCACACACACAUUUUAAGCUCUCCAUUGCCUGCCCAUGAACAUCAUUGCUUGAAAGCAGGCCUUUUUCCAAUUGUUGUGAAUGAAUUAGAUUUAGGAUCUUGCAUUGCGUAUAGCCUAAUGUCACAGGAGUAUCGCAAGAUGUUGGAUGCUAUGAACAGUGGAGGAAGCGGUGGUAUUACUACAAUCGGAGCCACCGAGAACAGUCCAAACAUGAAGCGCAAGUCCACUUCUGUAAGCUCCACUGCAGAUGGUGAGGAGUCGACUUCUACGGUUCACGUUAAAAAUGAACAAGAUAAGAAAUAUAAAAAUACUGCACACAGCGAAAUUCAUUUCCAGGACACGAACUGUAACUUUGUAUGCAAAAUUUACUUUGCGAAAGAAUUUGAUUUACUGCGUUGUCAGAUACUGCAACGCCCAUCAGUGGUAGGUACAGUACAUCGAGUUUCUGGAAGUUUUUCGAAUUCUGCACCCGGAAACACUAUCGGGCUCACUCCAGGAGGUAAUGGAAGCAAUGUUCCAGCAUCAGAUGUAACCGAAUCAUCGCUGGAAACUAUGGAAAUGUUACGCAAAAUGUUUGCCCGUUCCAUCAGCAAAAGCGUUCGCUGGGAAGCACGUGGUGGUAAAAGUGGUUCUAAAUUUAGCAAAACCGUCGACGAUCGGUUCGUGCUGAAAGAGAUGUCUCGCACCGAUUUAACGAUAUUUGAAAACUUUGCUCCUAACUAUUUCGAGUACUUGCAACGUUGUAUUAAACAGAAGCACAUUACGUUACUAGCAAAAAUUUUCGGGGUUUUCAAAAUAACAAUCAAACGAAAAGAUAAUACGACUGUGGAAAGCGCCGUGCUAGUAAUGGAGAAUCUUUUCUGCGGUAGAGAUAUCAACGAAAAGUAUGAUUUGAAAGGAUCGGAUCGUAAUCGUCUUGUAGAUCCCAAUCGUCAAACAGGAACGGAGCGGGUUUUAAUGGAUGAAAAUUUUAUACAGAUGUCCUGGACGAAUCCGUUAUAUAUAUUAUCCCACAGCAAAACGAUACUAAAAGAAGCAAUUACUCGCGAUGCUUGUUUUUUGGAGCGCAAUGAGGUUAUGGACUACUCUUUAUUGGUUGGUUUGGAAAAUACUGAAAAGAAUCUCGUAAUAGGAAUCAUUGAUUAUAUUCGAACUUAUACACUGGAUAAAAAGUUUGAAUCGAUGAUUAAACAGUCGGGUUUGAUGGGAGGUCAUGGGAAACUACCUACUGUCGUUUCUCCAAAGAUGUAUAAAAAUCGAUUCAUAGUAGCGAUGGAAAGAUACUUUUUAUGCGUGCCAGACCGCUGGGAAGGAUUAUCGAAGAAAUAAACACAUAUAUAGCUUGUUAUAGCAUAUUGUACAUCGAA